UGCAACAUUUAGCGCGAGUUUUAACCUCCUGUCGGUGAAACGCCGAGAACCUGCAGCGGCCAGCGAACAGACGUUUGGCUCGGACUUCUCCUCUGACAUGGUGAUUAUUACAUGAGGCAGCUGCGAAAUAAGAGUUUGGACCAAAGCGAACGUUUGGUGAAUUAGCAAACCAACAAAACAUGAAGGCAUUUGCUCCGUAACUGAAGCGGAGCUGCUAGCAGGCUAACGUUAGCACCGCUGGAAACACAGUGAGCGCAGGAACCUCGGCGGAUAACUCACACCGGAAACACACGAAUAUGAGGAGGAGUCUGGCUCCGAGUCAGGUCGCCAAGCGGAAGCAAGCCGGAGACUCUGAUGAAGACGAGCGGACCGUGACAGAUGGCAAAAGGAGGAGAAGUCACAAUGAAAUCAGAGAGAGCCAUAUUUCCCCCUUCAGAAAGCCUCUGACACAGCUGACCAACCGGCCCUCGUGUAUGGAUGGUGACAAGCAUGAGGCUUUUAUUCGAAGCAUCCUCUCCAGGCCUUUUAAAGUCCCAAUUCCAAAUUACACAGGCGCACUGGGAAUCAGGGCGCUCGGCCUAAAACGUGCAGGAGUGAGGCGAGCGCUUCACGACCCGUUUGCAGAGGAUGCCUUGGUGCUUUACGAACCUCCAGCUCUGAGCACGCACGACCUGAUCAAAGCUGACAAGGACAAAGUGCCGGUCCAUGUUGUAGUGGAUCCAGUCUUGGGGAAAGUGCUCAGACCCCAUCAGAGAGAGGGGGUGAAGUUCCUGUGGGACUGCGUGACGGGACGACGCAUCUCCGACUCGUACGGCUGCAUCAUGGCAGACGAGAUGGGACUGGGCAAAACGCUGCAGUGCAUCACCCUCAUGUGGACGCUGCUGCGGCAGAGCCCCGACGCCAAGCCGGAGAUCGACAAGGUCAUCGUGGUGUCGCCGUCCAGUCUGGUCCGCAACUGGUACAACGAAGUGGGAAAGUGGCUGGGCGGACGAGUCACGCCGGUCGCCAUCGACGGCGGGUCAAAGGAAGACAUAGACAGAAAGCUGGUGAGUUUCAUGUCUCAGUACGGCCUCAGGGUGCCCACCCCCAUACUGAUCAUCUCCUACGAGACGUUUCGGCUGCACGCUGACGUUCUGCACAAGGGGAAGGUCGGACUCGUCAUCUGUGAUGAGGGCCAUCGGCUGAAGAACUCUGACAACCAGACGUACCAGGCGCUGAACGCCAUGAGCGCCCAGAGGAGAGUGCUGAUUUCAGGCACGCCCAUCCAGAACGACCUGCUGGAGUAUUUCAGCCUGGUUCACUUUGUCAACGCCGGGAUCCUCGGCACAGCCCAGGAGUUUAAGAAGAAGUUUGAGCUUCCCAUCUUGAAGGGCCGAGACGCAGACGCCAGCGACAAAGACAGACAGGCGGGAGAGGAGAAGCUGAAGGAGCUGAUCAGCAUCGUCAACAGGUGUUUGAUAAGGAGAACAUCAGAUAUCCUCUCCAAGUAUCUGCCUGUGAAAAUCGAGCAGGUCGUCUGCUGCAGGCUGACUCCCCUGCAGGCGGAGCUCUACAAGCGCUUCCUGCGGCAGGCCAAGCCCGUCGAGGCGCUGAAGGGAGACAAGAUCAGCGUGUCGUCUCUGUCCUCCAUCACAUCGCUGAAGAAACUGUGCAACCACCCGGCGCUCAUCUAUGACAAGUGUGUGGAGGGGGAGGAGGGCUUCGAGGGGGCGCUGGAUCUCUUCCCUUCAGGCUACAACACUAAAGCUGUGGAGCCUCAGCUCUCCGGGAAGAUGCUGGUUCUCGACUACAUCCUGGCCAUGACAAGAACCACGACCAGCGACAAGGUGGUGCUCGUCUCCAACUACACACAGACCCUGGAUCUGUUUGAGAAGCUGUGCCGAUCUCGCAGUUACCUCUACGUUCGACUGGACGGCACCAUGUCGAUCAAGAAGAGGGCCAAGAUCGUGGAGAGAUUCAACAGUCCGUCUAACCCAGAGUUCAUCUUCAUGCUGAGCAGCAAGGCGGGAGGAUGCGGCCUGAACCUGAUCGGAGCCAAUCGCCUGGUGAUGUUUGAUCCCGACUGGAACCCGGCCAACGACGAGCAGGCGAUGGCCCGCGUGUGGAGAGACGGGCAGAAGAAGACCUGCUACAUCUACAGGCUGCUCUCAACAGGGACGAUAGAGGAGAAGAUCCUGCAGCGGCAGGCCCAUAAGAAAGCUCUGAGCAGCUGUGUGGUGGACGAGGAGCAGGACGUGGAGCGACACUUCUCUCUGGGGGAACUGCGGGAGCUCUUCUCUCUGAACGAGGAGACCGCCAGCGACACACACGACAAGUUUCGCUGUCGGCGGUGUGUUAACGGCAGGGAGGUCCGGCCUCCUGCGGACGACGCCGACUGCACCAGUGACCUUUCACAGUGGCACCACUGCGCCGACAAGAAGGGCCUGAGGGAUGCGGUGCUCAAAGCAUCAUGGGAUGCGGCCGUCUCCUUUGUUUUCCACCAGCGCUCUCACGAGGAUCAGAAGGGUGUUUUAUAGCAGACCCUCCACCUGCUGUCCGUGUAAAUACUGACUUAUUUAUUGCUUCUUACAUCUGCAUUUUUCUGUUCCUUAUUUUACAUAAAAGAGAAAACAAUAAAGAAUUGUGAGCGACUCACUUAAUGAUCCCACUUUUACUAGCACCAGUGGAAAAAAGUGCUCAAAAACAUGAACUAAUGUCUUCAUGAAGGCAGCUUCACUUCCACCACAGGUCCAGGUACAAACUCCAUUAACGGGCAAAAGAGCACAGUUCAGUUGAAAAUUUCAACACGUUCACAUGUUGCUGACGUGGUCUGCCAUCGGGUCCGUCAACGUCCACUCGUUCACCAGGAAGUCGCAGACAAGGCGGAGGCGGCUCAGCGCCGUGCACCACAGCUCGGGGUCCCGGUCCGACGGGUUCCUCCGCAGGUCGAGGGUCACUCUCUGCGGCGGGCGGUUCUUCUCCAGCAGCCAAGUGAAGUGCAGCAGGUCAGCGGGCUGGAUGAAGUUGGAGCUGGACAGGA